UUACUUAAACUUUAAAACAAUCCUACAGUACCUAUAAGUAGGUAUAUAGCUAUCACCAUUAUAGAUCAAGAAACUGAGGUAAAAAAAUGUUUGAUUAUAUUCGUGGGAUCACAGUAUCACUGGUGGUACAAUCUAAUGCAAAGCCCCUUCUCUAAACCCCUUACAAAGUCGUUAGAACUGCCAUAGUUCUAUAAAGUUUCUUCAUACAUCUUUAUAUCAUUCAUCUGAGAGAUGUUUUCAAACUCAGUUCUUUUGUGCUGUGCUAGUGAGGGAUAUCUGACUAAGGGAAGCUUAAGGACAUGUUGGACAGUUUGUAGAGUGGACGGUCCAAGAUGAAGAAGCUGAAGGACAUGUUGGACAGUUUGUAGAGUGGACGGUCCAGGAUGAAGAAGGUGACAUGAUCCCUACCUCAGAGACUCCUACUCCAAUAAGAGGAAGUAACUUGCAGCUCUGACAAGCUUCAGGUUUAUGACUCAAAAACAACAAAUAAGAAAAUAACUGAAGGGCUUCACAUAGGUUACCAGCUUUUGAGUAGAAACUCAUCAUCUGGACAUGAUUUCAAAUGCUCAUUCUUGUAGGAGGAAGUAACAAGUCCUUCCUCUGAGCUCCGAUUAGACAACUCUCCUGUUUGGAAUCAUUUGUUUAGCCUGCCCCUGUUUUGUGAGCUUUGAGAGCGUAGCCCAUACCUGUUAAUUCUCAGAUGUCCAGGCCCAGCUCAAAGCCCCUAAGGGCCCUCUGAAUGUUUUGUGAAUGAGUGACUCCACAUAUAAACAUUCAUCUAGGAAUAAGAAGGUCAAGGAAUACUGAGGAUAGCAUUUCUGAGCUAGACUUCAAAUAUAGAAGCAGUCAAGGGGAUAUAUUGAUGGCAGGGAUGUACACUCACAUUCAUACUGUAUUAAAGAGCUCACACAAUGAUUUGUUGAAUGUUAUUAAACUUCAUGUCCACUAUAACAUUAAGAAUCAGCAUGUAUACCAAUUUAUAGAUCAGGAAAGUGAGGAGAACCCACUAGUCGUACAGCCUUCUUCAAGGAGAAUUGAUGAGGCCAGCUACUUUAACUCCAAACAUUGUCUCUAGGACACGGCAACCUGCAACUUCCAGCUCAUUUUCUUUAUUGUCUGAAUGUGUUUCUGCAGAUCAUCUUUUCUCUUCUCAAUCUCACUGGUUUGUCACCUUAUUUUCCAGAUGUGUUUUGUCCCCUCUGUAAUUUUCCAUACUUCCUCGUCCAUCAAAGGUCCACUAAUUAGUAGAAAACCUCACAGAUUUCUCUAUGAGCCCUUGCCCUCUUCUUUCCCUGACCUCAAGCUAUUCUCCCUGCGUUGCUCUCACUUUUAUGCAGAAAGUGAAGGGAAAGAAUCUUAAGAUAUGAAUUCUAGUUUUGAUUCACUACCCACUUAGCUCCUUUUUUUACACUCCAGUGUUCAGAGCCCCCCUCCACCAGGUAUUUCCAAGAAUUGUCGAAGUAUUAACUAAAGUCAUGCAUGUAAAAACACUUCACACAGUCCUAAAGAUCUAAAGAAAUACAUGUUGUCUUUUACUCACAUGGAAGAGGUUGUCCAGGGGACCAUUAAAUAAGGUAACUAGUUUGAAGAAAUUGCCGGGAGCAGCAAAAUUUCUGAAGAAAAGUGGCUCCAAACAGGCUCAGAAACCAGUGCCCCCUCCCAGAGAAGCGAGGACCCCUGGAAAGCACCCCAGACACAAAGUCGGUAAGAUAAAGUUUGUGGAGUUCCUCUAAUUAGUUCCUCUAAUCCCUGUAGAAAAGCUAAUAAGUAUGGCCUAGGUGUGGGGUGUGGACUUUGGGUAGGCGUGGGUUUAAGCUGGACUGAUCUGAGGCAUAAAGUUAGCACUGGGGCCUUGGGAAAAUCUUAUACAUUUUCUGAGGUCCUGAUUGCUCAUCUGUAAAGUGAAGAUACAGAUACAUAACUCAUAUGGUGUUUGGAAGCAUUACAUGAAAUGCACAAGUGCUGAUACCUACAAGAAGUUCAAAAAAUCCAGCUGUGAUGAUAGGGACCACACUUUGUUAGUAUUUAUACACAGACCUCUGCUCAAUGCUUUACAUGUCAUGCCCUUAACAUAUAUUUUCUAAGUAGAUGUGUCAGUGAACUAUUUCCUAAGUAAGAAGGUUGGGAAGUUAAACCUACUAACUGGAAGUGCAGGAAGCUAACACUGAACUGGGCAUCUGUGGUCAGUGUGGAGCCUCAGUCUCCUGAACCAGUAGUUAAAGGGGGAAGAAACAAAGUAUAGAGAAGGGACUUCCUGGUGGUUAAGUGGUUAUGACUCCACACUUCCACUGCAGGAGGUGUGGGUUCCAUUCCUGGUCAGGGAACUAAGAUCCCACAAACCAUGCAGCAUGGCCAAUAAAUAAUGUAUCAUUAAAACAUAAAAAUACAAAAGUAAAAGUUUCAAAAAUAAAUGUGAAAAAGUUUUAACAAACUGUAUAGAUGGACAAGUAGGAGAUCUCACCCUUUCUGAUAAAACAGGGACUAAUUCUCCAGACCCCACCAGCCUUGCUUAGCUUCUGUUCUCCAUGUUAGAACUCAGAAGAAAGGAGACCGAAGUGAAGAGGUACAGUGUACGAGAAAGAAAGGGCCAUGUGUACCAAGAGGCCAGCGAGCCCCAGGAUGACGACUACCUGUAUUGUGAGGAAUGUCAGAACUUCUUCAUCGACAGCUGUGCUGCCCAUGGGCCCCCAACCUUUGUAAAGGACUCUGCAGUGGAAAGGGGGCAUGCCAACCGCUCAGCCCUCACUCUGCCCCCGGUAAGUAUCAGGCCAUCGGGCAUCCCUAAGGCUGGGCUUGGAGUGUGGAACGAGGCAUCCGAUCUGCCGCUGGGCCUGCAUUUUGGCCCCUACGAGGGUCAGAUCGUAUACAAUGAAGAGGACUCCCACAGUGGAUACUGCUGGCUGGUCACCAAAGGGAGAAACAGCUACGAGUAUGUGGAUGGAGAAGACACGUCUUUGGCCAACUGGAUGAGGUGGGUGCAGUGAGCCUGCAGUUUGUAGAUGUCGCUCCUCCCUCAAGCCCACACCCCUUUCCUUCUCAGCCCAUCUCCCUCAGUAGCUUUCACAUCUUCUUGCCUCUUUUCCCUCCAUAUCAUGCUCUUUCAUUUCAAAAGACAUUAGAAAGAAAGAAAGAAAAAGAUAGCAUGUGCCCUCAAAAUAUGUCUAUAUGCUCAACAAAACUGAGGCACUUGAAAACAACUUGAGCAGUGUAGAUUCACCAGGGACACUUUACCUCACUUAAUUGACACUUACCAAACACUCUAUGUCCCAGUUUAGACAGUGAACUUCAUUACUGAAGCAGAUCACACAACCCAUAUCCUUUUGGAGAACAUACUGAAGACAGACAUUAACCAAUUGAUUUUAGGAAUAGUAACCUUACUUUUUCUAUUUUUGAAUAACUGCACAGCACCAGGAUAACCUAACAUGGGAGACCUUGAGUCCGUGUGGGCAACAACCUCCCCAGGCUCGGUUCCAGUGAGAAGUGGGCCCUGAGGCCUGAGAAGGAAUGGGGAGCAGGAUGGCCGUGAGCAUGGCCAUUCUCUGAGGGCCUCUACUUUCAUCAGGGCAGGCAGAAAGUGAAUAAACUAUUACUGUUCUCUGUCUCAAGCUAUGUCAGAGCACUCUCCACGUUUCCAUGGGAGAGGGUGGGCAAGUGAGUAGGACCCUGGAUACAUGUCAGGAGAUUGGAGAAAAGCCUCUGGAGAGAAGCCAGGCUGGGAUGAGUGCUGAGGGGUGCAUGCUAGCCUAGGAGUACCAAGUCCUGCAGAAUGAAAGAGAACUUAAUUUAGAGUUUAGAAGAGCUGGAGGUCACCAGUCUUAUGGACAGUCCAGGUGGAGACAAGUCUGGAACUGGGCUCUGGACAAUGGCUAAUUAGGUAAGGAGAGAAAAGCAUUCCAGCCAGGAAGAGGACCGGAAACAGGAUCUGGAAAUAGGAAUUCACACAGCCAGGUCUAAGGUGUGCUUUAAAAGCACUCCUGUGGACCCCUCAGUCUGUAGGGCCUAGCCUGCCCUGUGAAAAUGUUGGACGUGUCUAGGGCAGGACCCCCGAUUUUGAAGAGGCCAAGGACCUUCAAAAAGGGCAGAAAGUGGGGGGAGAAGGCACAUAAAGAAAGCCUGCUGCACUGGAGACAUGUUCCACACAGGUGAGAAGGCGAUAGGAAGACAGGGGGAGGUCCUGAGCUACUGCUGCCUAGGAUUAGACUGGCAGCAGCAUGCUCCCUCCCCAAGUGUGGCACAUAUAGGCACUAUGCAGGACAAUUGACAUGCUAAGGUGGGCUCUCAGUGUGAAACCCCAGGCAUCCUUGGAGAGACAGGGUGUAAGGGUGGUAUCCAUGUGGGGAGUCCCAGCCUACCUGGCAGUGCAGAAAGGUGAAGAAGGCCCAGAAGUGAGGUGUAUGUGUGGGCCCCUAUGCCAGUGUGUGCCUGUGAGGGAGGGAACAGGGAGGAAGCAGUGGUAGCAGGCUGUCUGCAUGCAGGGAAUCUGGGACAGUGAAAGACAAGGAUGCCCCUGGGGGCAGUUCAGAGCCUGCUGGUUUUCAGGCUCCAGGGUCUUGGGAAUAGCCAUCCUACCAAAGACACCCCACUGCCCAUGCCAAAUGUCUUCUUGUGAAUUCCUUCCUUUCUCUGGAGUCUCGUCCUUGGCUGUGGAGGGCGGAGGGGCAAAGGUGUGAGUCUGCACCUGAGAGAGGCUUCUGACGUUGUUUUUGGAGCUGAAUCUCUGAUGCUGUCAUGGGAUUGUAAAAGAGAUCUGUACCACGUGACACUCACAGGGACACUGUAUUCUAAGUGAUUGUCCUGGAUAUCCCCCAGCCCAACCAAUAGCUGGGUUCCAUGGACCACAGGCUGUGUAGGCUAGCAAGGAUGCCAGAGCUGUAGGCAGAACUACCACAGCCUACCAAAGGCAGCAGAAAGAGAGCCUUGGCAGAUACAAAGUCAGUGAGGCCUGGGGUGAAAUCAAGCCCUUUUAGUGUAAUUGGGAGAAGAAUGCUGCUUUCUGCACAAGAGAGGCAGAACUGUGGUCUGAGUACGGGCAGGCUUCUCAGGUGUCAUCCGUGUGGUGGUUUUGUGUAUGGAUUUGGAUAGUAGUGAAAGGUUGUUGCUGAGCCAUGAAAGAUGCCGGAUUCUUGGCCUCUGGGGAAGAAGAAUUCAAUCUGGGGCCAGUGAUGAGGCUUGAUUGCUUAG